AGCAGCAGAAAAAAGGCAGACCUAAAUCAGGUGGCACUGAACCUACGAGAAAAUGAAGAGGCAAGCGAUAAUUAUCGCGGCCGUGGCCCUAUUUCUGGGGGCAGAGGCUGGACUUAUCAAACCAUCUCCAGGAACAGCGGCUGAACAUAUCAAACCUCAGCCUGCACCAGACACUGAACUUACGAAACCGAUACCAGAAACAGACAACGAACUUCUGAAACCGGCUCCGGGAGCAGGCGGUUCCCUCACAAGACCGGCUCCAGGAACAGAGGAUGUCCUUAUAAAUCCAGCUCCUGGAUCAGAAGCAGGCGAUGAACUAAUCAAACCGGCUCCGGGAGGUGAGAAUGAACUAAUCAAACCGGCUCCAGGCGGUGAGAAUGAACUCGUUAAACCAGCUCCGGGGGGUGAGAGUGAACUAAUCAAACCGGCUCCGGGAGGUGAGAAUGAACUCAUUAAACCAGCUCCGGGGGGUGAGAGUGAACUAAUCAAACCGGCUCCGGGAGGUGAGAAUGAACUCAUUAAACCAGCUCCGGGGGGUGAGAGUGAACUAAUCAAACCGGCUCCAGGAGGUGAGAAUGAACUAAUCAAACCGGCUCCAGGCGGUGAGAAUGAACUAAUCAAACCGGCUCCAGGCGGUGAGAAUGAACUAAUCAAACCGGCUCCAGGGGGUGAGAGCGGUCUAAUCAAACCAGCUCCGGGAGAAGACAAUGAACUCAUCAAACCACUUCCAGGAACCGGCGGAGAACUUAUCAAACCUCUUCCUGGAACCGGCGGUGAACUUAUCAAACCCCUUCCUGGCACCGGCGGAGAAUUGAUCAAACCCCUUCCUGGAACAGACGAAGAACUCAUCAAGCCCCUUCCUGGCACCGGAGGAGAACUCAUCAAGCCUCUUCCUGGCACCGGCGGAGAAUUGAUCAAACCCCUUCCUGGCACAGAUGAAGAACUCAUCAAGCCCCUUCCUGGCACCGGCGGAGAACUAAUCAAACCCCUUCCUGGCACCGGCGGAGAAUUGAUCAAACCCCUUCCUGGCACAGACGAAGAACUCAUCAAGCCCCUUCCUGGCACCGGCGGAGAACUAAUCAAACCUCUUCCUGGCACCGGCGGAGAAUUGAUCAAACCCCUUCCUGGCACAGACGAAGAACUCAUCAAGCCCCUUCCUGGCACCGGCGGAGAACUAAUCAAACCUCUUCCUGGCACCGGCGGAGAAUUGAUCAAACCCCUUCCUGGCACAGACGAAGAACUCAUCAAGCCCCUUCCUGGCACCGGCGGAGAACUCAUCAAGCCUCUUCCUGGCACCGGCGGAGAAUUGAUCAAACCCCUUCCUGGCACAGACGAAGAACUCAUCAAGCCCCUACCGGGCACCGGCGGAGAACUAAUCAAACCCCUUCCUGGCACAGACGAAGAACUCAUCAAGCCCCUUCCUGGCACCGGCGGAGAACUCAUCAAGCCUCUUCCUGGCACCGGCGGAGAAUUGAUCAAACCCCUUCCUGGCACAGACGAAGAACUCAUCAAGCCCCUUCCUGGCACCGGCGGAGAACUAAUCAAACCUCUUCCUGGCACCGGCGGAGAAUUGAUCAAACCCCUUCCUGGCACAGACGAAGAACUCAUCAAGCCCCUUCCAGGCACCGGCGGUGAACUCAUCAAACCCCUUCCUGGCACCGGAGGAGAACUUAUCAAGCCUCUUCCUGGCACCGGCGGAGAACUAAUCAAACCCCUUCCUGGCACCGGCGGCGAAUUGAUUAAACCCCUUCCUGGCACAGACGAAGAACUCAUCAAGCCCCUUCCUGGCACCGGUGGUGAACUCAUCAAACCCCUUCCUGGCACCGGAGGAGAACUUAUCAAGCCCCUUCCUGGCACCGGAGGAGAUCUUAUCAAGCCCCUUCCUGGAACCGGCGGAGAACUCAUCAAGCCUCUUCCUGGUACCGGCGGCGAACUCAUCAAACCUGGUCCUGGCGGUGAUCUUAUACAACCACAACCACUUCCAGGGACAGAUAAUGAACUUACCAAACCAGCUCCGGGAGCAAGGAAAGUCUUGCCGCAUCUUGUUCUGAGUGCUGAACUGGAGAACGCAGUGAAGAAAGCCGAGAUCUCAGUCUCCUCCACACUCCAUAAGAAUGCAAAGCUGUAUCACACGAUCCCCACAGAAGAAGAUCUGGAACUUAGCAACAUCUUCCUUGAAAUCGAUGAUGACAUCUCUGUAGAACUUUCCAACCUGAGGCUCAUCAACGCACCAGUUACUGACGUCACAGAGGCAACACCUGAUCUCGAGUUCCUGAACUUGGGUCUAGACAUCGACCUGGGUACUCUCCAAAUUGGGGGCAAAUUCCAUAUUACGAGCAAGAACGUCUUGUCUGAGCUUCCAGUCACAAGCUCCGGGGACCUCCUUCUGAGAAAUGCUGACGUCAAGGCGACUGGGAAAGUGGGUCUCUCACUUGAGGGAGAUUCCUUCAAGACCAUCAACUACGAUGUCCUGUAUAAUCCAAUUGGAUCAUACCUUUCGGUCAGUUACGAAAGCGACAACAAGCGCAUCGUUAGUGGCUUGGACGUAGGGAAGCAUGAGGCCAAGGUCGUCGACCGCAUCAAUCGUGAGCUGAAGAACCUGCUUAAUCGUCUCGUGAAGAAGCGACUCGACGACAUCCUGCAGACAAUGCCAGUGACUGAACUGAUCCGUGAAACCAGAACUGCAAGCUCCUACAGGGCACAUGCAAGGGCUAUCAGAGUUGCAGGAAACGAUUACGUGGACCUACUGCUGCAAAGUUUGCGCGAGUUUGUAGACAAGAACCAACUGAAUGAGAUUGACAUUCCUGACCUAUCAGCUAGCUUCUCAAAGGAGAUACUGUGGAUCACAUGGCACGGGCACUUCACAGCCACUCAGGGUCGGGUCAGGAACUUGGCCUCACUCACAAGGAUAUCAGACGUCAGUUUGGUUCACGAUGCUGAUAAAGGCAGCGUUACAGUGUUCGGAAGUUUGGGACUGACAGAACUGCGUGUUCAUUACAACAAAUAUGAGGCUGAAUUCCAGGGCGUCGGACCUUCUGGCACUUUGGACGGAAAAGUCGGUCACAACUCAGUCUUCCUGAAGGUUGACAUUAUCGUGUCCACCAAUCCAAUCAUCUCUCUCCAUGACCUAUAUAUUGAGAGUGCCGAUGACAUCAGCGUUGAAGUAUCUGGGCUUGGAAUUCUUGACUGGCUGGUAUCUAACAUUUCAAGUUGGGUCAUUGGCCUGUUCAACGAUAAUGUAAUCGACGCCGUAAGCAGCCAGCUACGAGAUUACGUGGUUGAAAUUCUGCCAAACGUCGAUCCCAAUAGAGUCUUCACGUAAAUAACUUGGCAAAUAGAAAAUACUUCAGUAGUAUAAAGUAGUAUUCUGUAUUCCUGUGAUUAACAUAUCUGUAAUAUCACUGUAUUAUUAAACUGGCAAAUAAAUAUCUAUAAUCGAACUUGAA